AGCAACAGCAUCUUACCGUGCACUAAUCUCCCUGUAUUUCCUUCCAGAAUAUUCCGAGUGUUAUUAGCAAGCGUUCGGAUCGCAGCUUCCGGAUGCAGCAUAACAAUGAGAUAACAAAGCCCAGUCAAGUUAUGAAAUCAUAACAAGAAUCCUUUAAGAACAGCACACUGCCUUAGCCGGGUGGCCGUUGGCGUGAGUGUUACCAAGCGCUUCUCAGGAAGAACACAAGGACCAUUUGAGUGAAUAGUGUUCCAAAAGUGCACAAGGAAGGCAUGGACCACCGACAGGGGGAACACGGCACGCGGACGGCAACAAGGAUGCGAGGAGAGACCAGCCCGCCUCCACUGCGGAUCCGACACUCUCACCUGAUCAAUAACAACACACACUCCGAAGCCGCUGCAACAGGACGAAACACUGUGGGAAAUCUGCAACGCGGUUCAACAACACGCUAUCCAGUUCUGCAUUAUCGAAUUGGCCCCCCGCGAUGAGGAAGCGGCUGGUUUGGUGGUUCGGCCUGUUGGCACUGUGCGUGCUCGGCCAGGUGAGCGUGAUGCUGUACCAGCGGGUGUGGGCCGCCCUCCACAAGGUGCUCGAGGAGUUCGUGAAUAAAUACAUCAACGACGACAUCAACUACGACUACUACGAGGAUCUCCCGGAGGGCGUCUACGUCAGGAGCGAGCGCCGCCUCAGCGCCACCGUUAUGAGGAAGCUCCGGGACCUGAUGAACGGUUACGACUCGACUCGUGAGUCACGCCAGGACAGGAAAUUAGUGCUAUUCUGGACGUCGUGGUUCAGCCAGGCGUGGUGGGUGCGCGUGGGCGGGGGCGUUGACUUGGAGGCCGCCCACUGCCCGGAGACAAGGUGCUACUUCACCCACGAUCGAAGGAAGAGGGAAGAGGCGGCAGCUGUGCUAUUUUUAGCUGCAGAGGUGAAGAUGUCCGACCUGCCGUACAGUCGAUCUCCGAGUCAGCGGUGGGUCUGGGUGCACGUGGAAGCACCUACGUCAGACGUCCCACUUCGUACUACUACAGGCGACCCUGGCUUGUUAAGGAGCACAGCUAAGAGUGCGAACGUAACUGGGCAUCGCCUGGAUAACCUCUUCAACUGGACCAUGACAUACCAUCCGGCCUCAGACAUCAUGGAACCCUACGGUGCCCUCAUACCUAGAGAAAAUGCCACGCUGUCUCGAGAUGGCCUUUCCACCUCUGCCAAGACACGCAGGGGUUUCCUGUUGACGUCCCUGAGACCUGCUUUGCUCGACACGGAGAGCCCCUUCUACGAGGCUUAUAUGAACGCCCUACAUGGCAGCGAGGCCUUCGAGGAAAUCAUGGGCCCGUCAUGGGUCCCCUACGUGGACUGGGCCACAGAGGACGCGGGGAAGGACUGGUCCGAGUUCCUGUUGCGGCCGAAAUUAGUAGCAUGGAUGUCGUCCCACUGUCAGACUCGUUCACGCAGGGAGGACUACGUGAGGCAGCUGCAAGAACACGUGUACGUCCAUGUCUACGGUGCCUGCGGUGCUCUCAGCUGCGGCCGGCGGGAGUCCCACCGGAAGGACCGUUGCUGGCAGGACGUCCUGGCCCGGAAGUUCCUGUUCUACCUGGCCUUCGAGAACUCCGUGUGCGACGCCUACGUGACCGAGAAGCUGUGGAAGCCGCUGGUGCACGGCCUGGUGCCCGUGGUGCUCGGGGGCGCCAACUACUCCCAUUUCCUGCCGCCCAACUCCUACAUCAACGCCCGCGAGUACCAGCCGCGGGAACUGGCGCUCCUUCUGCGGCAGCUGCAGGCCUCCCCUCGAGACUACGCAAGGUUCCACCUCUGGCGCGCCUUCUGGAGUGCCACCCUGAGGCCGCCCCUGUGCGAGCUCUGCCUCAAGAUCCACAAUGACGACGAAGUGUCGACCCAGAGGAACAUCCCUGACUGGUGGCGCGAUGUGGGGCGGUGCCACAACCCUGCGGUGCCAACCACGCUCUUAUGAUCUGCUCAACCCUGUUCUUCCGUCCUUAUAUUUUCCUUUAUGCGUGUAACAGUUAUCGAUCAACCGAAUUCCACUUGUCAUCGAUCUUUUUUCACUGUAAAAGAAUGCGGCAUUGUGAAUGUGUGAGCAGGAAAUAGCGAACUCAGGCAAACACAGGACACUGCAGUAAAAGGCUGAGUGAACUGUAACAAGAUUGGAGAUGUUUAGAAGGAAGCUGGUGAAGAUAAAGUUAAUGGGUGUUGUUAGGAAGGCCGAGAAAAAAGGACAAAUUUGGUUUUAUCGCUGUUUUUCUUUCUUUCUGGUACUUGGUAGCACUUCUGUGCAUUGUUGCCACCAUUAACCGCAAACCAAGCGAAUAUGAUGUUGGAGCCUAGACUUCGGAUUAAAAUGUCUGGAAUUUAUUUACAAACCAUAGCAAUGUCUGCACUUCAGUUAAAUUUUGUAAAUCUAUUACGCGUAUUGCAAUUUUCUUUAAAUUCUUACAUCAUGUUAUAUAUUUAAACAUCGAUUACUAACUCCAGUCAAUGCCGAAAUCAUGGCUCUAGCGUCGCUUUCGUAUCGUCUGCGGCAAUGGCGGUUACCCUGCUUCUGUGUAUACCUUCGAUUCUCAUUUUUGUAAUUACAGCACACUCAUUUUGAGAGAGAAAACCAAAGGAGUGUACAAGAUGCCUUUGUGUUUGCACCUUUUUGUGUGCCUUGUGUAUUAGAUAUAUAGUAGUUUAAGUACAUAUUAUAUUUUAAUUGCUCGGUGUUGUAAAUGAAAGCUAUAGAUUUGCCAAUAUAUAGUUUUGGAUGUA